GACAUACCAGAGAAGAGUGAAACUCCAUAUGCUGCCUGGAUAUCAACAAAUUCUUUCCCUGAGGAUUUAUGAUCUAAAAUGGACUUCAUAUGAGAGAAAAGCUGCCUUUACAUUUGGGAUUUACUGCAUUUGAUUUUGGAUUUAAAGAGUUUAUCCGCUGGUCGAGCAGUCAUGGAAGGUCUUGAAGCACUGAGUGAAAAGUCUUUGCUGACAGUUCCUGCAGAGUGGUAGAGAUCCAGCAUGUAGCAGAGGCAAACAGGUCCCUUCACGCCUGGGAACAAUCCGACAACAUAAUGGGGAAUUCUUACGCCGGGCAGCUGAAGUCUGCUCGAUUUGAAGAGGCUCUCCACAACUCUAUUGAGGCUUCGCUGCGCUCCAGCAGUGGAGAUCCACAGCCAAUCUUCACACAGCUCUACCUUGAGCCAGAGCCGUAUCCUGGUAAUAUGGACGACAUGAAGGCGAAAGCCGACUUCCAUGGUGGGGAGCCGCCAGGCCACGAGCUUAUAAACGGCCACUCUUCCAACGAUCUGGAGGAGCUGGAGGACGACGAUGACUCAGACAGCAGCAGCCCUCCACUUCCCUACCUGCAGGCCCCUGUGCCCGACGGCUGCUGCACACUGGAUGGGUUCUGUCAGGCCGGCAAGGACCUGCGCCUGGUCUCCAUAGCAACCGAGCCCAUUGAAGUCCCAGCAGGCUUUGAGCUGGUCGGCGCCAAGUCCCCCAACGUCCCCGAGCACAUCCUUGUGUGUGCCGUGGACCGACGCUUUUUACCUGACGAGAAUGGGAAAAAUGCACUUUUAGGUUUUUCAGGAAACUGUGUGGGCUGUGGGGAAAAGGGUUUCAGAUACUUCACUGAGUUUUCCAACCACAUCAACCUGAAGUUAUCCACCCAGCCCAAGAAGCAGAAGCACUUAAAAUACUACCUGGUGAAGAAUUCUCAGGGUGCUCUGUGCAAAGGACCCCUCAUCUGCUGGAAGGACUGUAAAACCCGUCAGUUCUCCAGCAGCGCAUCCACAUCCAAACCCAGCUCGUCCUCCUCUCUCAGCAGCAAAGAAAACGGAGGCGCUAGUGGACACAGCUCCUCUCCCUUCUCCCUCUCAGAUUCUCCACCCACCAGAACGACGCAGGUAUCCUCUGUCUUUUUCGGGAGUCAGGACCUCGGCAGAGACUGUAGUUUCCUCAAACCUCUGUCAUCCACACCUGGAAACAAGACUCUACCAAUAGUACCGACAGCUCUGAGGGUAAACGGGCCGACAAAUGGCCUAGUUGUUGAUGGCCGUCCUCCUUUACUGAACCCCUCCCAGGUCUCUUUGGGGCCUCAAAGUCAGGGGUAUCGCACUGCUGACUUAGGAGACAGCCCUGUACCCACUGCUAUGAACUCGGGUCCUCCAAAGAAGCGGCACCGGAGCUGGCAUCCCAGCUCAUUGGUACCCGUCCCACCCACAGCCGUCCCCGUGCCAGCCAUCCGGCCGAUAGUCUGCUCUCCAGGUUCUGUAUUAGGAGUGUCGCCUCCUCAGCCACCGGUAGCAGGAGUCAUUCAGCCUCAACCUGUCACCGCUGGAGAGACGGUCAUCGUCCCCAACAACCUGCUCAACUCCUCAGGAUUUCGCCCUGUCAUCCUCAUCGGGCAUGGCACUUUACCUUAUUUCUAUGGGAACGUUGGGGACAUAGUGGUGAGCCCCCUCCUGGUCAGCUGCUAUAAGAGCAGCCAGCUGACAGAGAAAACCCUGGAGACGUUGGGCCUCGACAGCAGCCAGCGUCUCUGCGUGGAGACAAUGAUCCUGCUCACUUUACAAUAUCUUGCACGUUUAGGCUCGGAGCAGAUUCCUCUGAGGGAGGAGCUGGAGCAGAUUGUUUUAAAGGCCAUGCUGUGUUGUCCCCGGGGUCCUGCCAUCUCCCCGUCUCAGCUGCCCUGGUUGGCUCGGCUGGAAGCCAGCGUCUCAGGGGGCAGCGUCCAAGUCGUGGUUACCCAUAACUCUCUGGGAGAGGGCAUCUCUGAGUCGCUUCGGUCUCUCAGUGAGGGUCCUCACCAUCAGAAGUGCCUGCCCACAUAUGUAGUCGUUAUAUGUGCCUCCAAAAUGAGCGGCAACGAGUUCUGCGUGCUUGUUUUGGGAAAGUACCAAGCACGGGCCUUAGCUGAAGGCAUGCUGACAACAAAUGAGUUUCUGAAGGAGAUCAGCUACGAACUCAUCACAGGGAAAGUCAGUGUCUUGGCGUCUCACUUCAGAACAACAUCAUUAGGGGACAAUCUGGACAAGCAGCUGGUGCGAUACCAGCGCCGACUGAAGGGGCAGGUCAUCCAGCCCUUUCAGGGCGAUGUCACUGACCACAUCCACUCCCAGGAAGCUGCCAGCAUGUCACCACCCUCUGACAGAGCAGAGCUGUUAAGUAAGGUUUUCCAGAUCUAUCCGACCCAGCUGAGCGUCGCUCGGAGCCUCCUCUCUCAAGUCUGCUCCAUCGCUGACUCAGGAACCCAGAAUCUCGAUUUGGGGCGUUUUUGUAAAGUGGACUUUCUUGUUUUGGUGCCUCCAUCUCACAUCCUGGUGCACCAGACAGCACAGCGCAUCCGACAAUCAGGAGUACUUGUCGACCUGGGAAUCGAAGACGCCUGCUCAGCCUACCAGAAAUCAGACAAGUACGUGGUGCGUCUGGACGGUGACGUUCACACCAAAAUGGAAGCCUUCAUGAGGAAAGUCAAGCAGAACCCCUACACCCUGUUUGUCCUCAUCCACGACAACUCGCACGUCGACCUCACAAGUGCUCUGUCAGGCUCUGUGUGCCAUGGCGAGCUGCAGGGUUUGGCUGACCGGGUGGUGAACUGUCAGGAAGUCCUCGAUGCCAUGAACCUCCUGGUGCUGCAGGUCAGCUGUUUCCCGCACACGCUGCAGACCCGCCAGUCCCGCAUCAGCAUCCACAACGAAGUCCAUUGGCCCUCCAACCAAAGUCUGCAGGGGGAGCAGUCUCCUAAUGAGUUGCUCUACUUUGGCCUGAGGGACUACAGCAGCUCCCUGCAGUGGGGUGUGGCCAGCCCCAUUCUGCGCUGUGAUGAUGCGUUUGAGAAGAUGGUCCACACACUGCUGGAAAGACAUCCGCACCUGCACAGCAUGGUGAUCCGCAGCUACCUGCUGAUUCAGCAGUACACAGAGGCCAUGAUGGCCCUAACCUCCUCCCCGUCCCUGAGAGACCACAUCACCCCAGAGACCCUGGCCAUGGUGGAGGACCUUAUCAACGCCCCAAGCAGAGAGGGCUCCCAGGGUCGCGGCCACAUGCUGCUGGUUCGAGUCCCCUCGCUGCAGCUGGCGAUGCUGGCCCGGGAGCGACUGGAGGACGUGAGGGACAAACUGGGGCUUCAGCUGUGCUUCGCCGUGCUGCUAGGAAGCCCCGCCUCCGAACUCAACCUGCCCAGGAACUUCACCAGCCGCCUCAGGGCGUGGAGAGGCUGUGAGAAUGAAGACUGGGUACCGCACACUUAUGAGGAUCUGGAAGGGCUGCCUUGCAUCGUCAUCCUUACAGGGAAGGACCCUCUUGGAGAAACUUUCCCCAGGUCUCUGAAAUACAGCGACCUGCGUCUGAUAGACUCCAGCUACCUGACUCGCACAGCCCUGGAGCAGGAGGUGGGUCUUGCCUGCACCUAUGUGUCCAUGGCCGUGGUCCAGGAGCCCAAGAAGCCCUCAGCUCCUCGGGAAUCAGACGGAGAAAAGGCCACCACCAGCUUGAAUGAUGGAGAUGAGCUGGAGAGGCCUCAGAGCAACGGCAGCGCUGCAACCAGAACGUCUGGCUCUCUGGCAGAGAACGGUGUCAGUUCAUCUGACAUUGCCGACUCCUCCCAGAAGCCCUCCACAUCCACCUGCCCACCUGAAGGUGUCGUUACCUCGGACAUAGGCACAGUAACACAAAGGUUUAAGCAAGAGUGCGAUUCCAUCGGAAGCCAGCUCCCCUCCAACCCCUCCAAAGCCUCCAAGGCCCCUCCCUCUCUUUACUCCAGUUCUUCCUCUUCCUCGCCCUCCCCGUCGUCCUCCUCCACCCAGAGGCCCACCCAGUCCACGCAGUGUGGUCGAGACACUAAGCCCACUCGGGUGUCCCCACGGACAGUCAUCAUGUCGCGGGCUGCAUACAACCUGCUGGCGGGGGAGUCGGGGAGUCAGCUGAGCUCUUUCUCCCUCCUGCCUCAUGCAGAUGUGGCCUGGAGCAGCCCGCUGAGGCCCCCUGUCAGUGUCAACCUGCAGGGGGCAGAGCAGAGCAUGUACUACCGCCAGUGGACCAUAGCCAGGCAGCAUCAUGCAGAUUAUGAAGCUCCGUCUGUGCCACAUCCACGGCGCCUGCUACUCAGUGGACCCCCACAGGUGGGAAAAACUGGGGCCUAUCUGCAGUUUCUCCGUGUCCUGUUCCGAAUGCUCAUCAGACUGUUGGAGGUAGAUGUGUAUGAUGAGGAAGAGGAGGAAGAAGAAGAAACAUCAGAGGUUACAACUCCUGUAAAUUCCCAGUUGCCUGACAUUGAGGAGAUUCGAAAGCUGCCCUUUGACCCCAUCCCCCGGCACCCUAAGUUCAGGAAUGCCAGCCCUGUUUACAAUGACAAGAUGCCAAAGUCCUUAACAGAUUGUAAGCAAGAAGGCGAGAGCCAAACACCAGCAAAACGAGAGACCAAGUCCAUACGUCUGAGCAGGUUUGCCGCCCACAAUGCCUUUCAUCACUGUGAACAGUGUCACCACUACUGUGAAGCGGGCCCUGCCUCACAGCUAUCGGAGUGCACCUUCCAUGCUUUCACCUUCUGCUCGUCCAUGUUGGGGGAGGAGGUCCAGCUCCAGUUCAUCAUUCCCAAAGCCAAGGAGCAGCACUUUGUCUUCAGUCAGCAGGGCAGCCACUUAGAGAGCAUGUGCCUGCCUCUGGUCUCCACCAAGGACCCUGAUCUAUUAAAGAGUCCAAUCUUCACCCCGACCACAGGACGACAAGAGCACGGCCUGCUCAACAUUUUCCACGCCAUGGAGGGCGCCAGUCAUCUGCACAUUCUGGUCGUCAAGCAAUUCGAAAUGCCGCACUACAGAAAAUACUGGCCCAACCACAUCCUGCUCGUCCUGCCGGCUAUGUUCAACAACGCAGGAGUUGGUGCGGCCCGCUUUAUGAUCAAAGAGCUGUCAUAUCAUAACCUGGAGCUGGAGAGAAACCGACUGGAGGAGCAAGGUGUCAAGAGGCAAGAUGUAUGGCCUUUCAUUGUUAUGAUGGACGACUCCUGCGUGCUUUGGAACACCCACCAGACAGCAGACAGCAGUGAGACAUCAGAGGGAACUAACGUGUCUCUGAAGACAGUGCUGCAGCAUAUGGAAACCACUCCAAAGAUCUGCCUGUAUGCAAUGUGCGGCACACGCAGGUGGAGCAGCAGCCUGGCUCGCAAGUCUCCCAGCCACCCCUUCAGCCGGUGUCACCUCCACGACUUUGCCAUGCUCAAUGUGGACCUGACGCAGAAUGUUCAAUAUGACCUCAAUCGGUACAGCUGUGAGGAGGUGGACUUUAAUCUAAGGGUGAACAGCAGUGGGCUGCUGCUGUGUCGCUUCAAUUACUUCAGCCUCAUGAAGAAGCACAUUCCAGUCGGGGGAAACAAAGACUUCCUGGUCAAACCUAAACUCAUGGAAAUAGAAAACCCCGCCCCAAUCAGCCCGUCACAGUAUGUCUGCGCCCCAGACAGCGAGCAGACCCUCCUGGACGCCCCGGCCCAGUUCUUGCUUGAAAAGUUCCUGCAAAGCUGCAGCCACAGACUGUUCCCGCUGGCCAUUCAGAACAGAAAAAACCCAGUUCUGUCCAUCGAUAGCUACCUCAACAUCAGCCCGGAGAUUUCCGUGUGCUACAUCAACUCUCGUCCACACUCCACCAACCUGAACCAUCAGGGCCUGCUGUUCAGCGGUCUGCUGCUUUACCUCUGUGACUCCUUUGUCGUCUCUGGGCUCCUCAAGAAAUUCCGUUUCCUCAAAGGCGCCACUCUCUGCGUGAUCUGCCAGGACAGAAGUUCCCUGCGUCAAACCAUCGUCCGACUGGAGCUGGAGGACGAGUGGCAGUUCCGCCUGCGGGAUGAGUUUCAGACAGCCAACUGCAGUGAGGACCGGCCCCUCUACUUUCUGACCGGCCGCCAUGUUUGAGCUUGAAACACGCUGGACCCACUGCUCUGCCGCAGAGGCACAAUCAGAAAUGAGGAUACAUUUGAUUCCAAACCAGCCAGCAAUCACAAUUCUUGCCAUUCCAGUGGAAGGUCAGAGGGGAUAUGCUGGAGCACACGAUCCAAAGUGCCCCGCAAGUGGACACAAGGACCCUCAUAUGGCUUUUCCUUUCAUCUGUACUGCCACAGUGCACUAUGCCUGGCUCUGGCUCUGAGGAGGGUCAGUGUGUGUUUUAACUCUUGCUUGUCGCUGGGCUUGCGUUCUACUGAAAAAGACUUUGCUGUGGGAAAAGAAAAAGCACAGCUGAAACUGAACUUUGUUUUGUUUGCAAAAACGGACGGUCUCUGAUCAAUGAUGUGACUAUUUGAAGAUUGUAUGUGUACGUGGACAUUGACCACAGUGUGUCCCAUGCUGGACAUGCUUGUUUAUCUCAGGGUUUUAAAGGGAGAUCCAAGGGACGUCGCUUAAAGGGGUAAAUCUCUUCUCCAAGUUCACCGUGUACUUUUUGCAUUGACUUGUGUUGUGCACCAAAGAUAUCCUCAGCUGCCGCUCGCCUUUUCCUCCUCACCCGCUCUGCCUCUCGAACUCCACAAGCUCACUGAUUAUAAAAUGUUAGCUCACUAAAUUAAAGGUAGAGUUCACCCUCAAAUCAAAAAUACAUAUAUUUACUCAUAUCUGUAGAGAUAUUCAUCAGUGUUGAUUGUGAGUUGCCGAGUGUCGGAGAUAUCAGCCGUUGAGACACCUGCCUUCUUGCCAAUAUAUUGGAACAAGAUGGCACUUGGCUUGUGGUACUCAAAGCACUAAAGAAAUGAAACAGCAGUAGAUGCAUGCUUACUUCGGUGUGGUGAUACGGAUGCAGUUCCAUAGAAAGGUUUUAAAAUGUACUUUUUUGUACCACAUGUACCACAAGCCGAGUGUCAUCUUGUUCCAUUAUAUUUAAGAGAAGGCAGACAUCUCUACGGCCGAUUUCUCCAACACUUGGCAACUUGCAUCAAAAAAAUCUAGACUGAUAAAUAGCACUACAAAGACAGAGGAAAAGUAUUUUCUAUUUGGGGUCGAACUGUCCCUUUAAGGAAAUUUUAAAGGUAUACUAUGCAGGAUUAUUCUUAAAAAUGUGUAGACUCGUACAAUCCCUCUCAAUCAUUACUUAUGAACCACUAGAAAUGUGUGGCAAUGUAUUGAUCUGCCUCUGUUGUGUUUUUAUUUUGCUCUGGUCGAGACAUUUAUGGGCAUGUGGUCCCCAGCUAACACAGUGCACAGGUAAGAUUAAAAAAAAGAUCGGAAAAUUGUGGACGCACGAAAUAAAGCAAAUAUAGUGAGGUGAAACACCAAGCGGACAAAGCUCAUUCCAAAUCAAGAGUGAAUCUGCAGCACUGAAGAGGAGACUAGGGAUGAAGGGCGACGCAGAGCUGGCCUGUUUUUGUUGGGCAGGUUAGUGCAGGCAGUUAGCUUACUUAGCUUAGCUUGCUAAAGUAUUAGCUUUUCCAUUACAACAUAUGUAACAUUCCUACAAUAGUGCAGCAGCUUGCAGUGUAUGUUAGAGCACUGUAGGUUGCAAUUCCUGCAUUGUAUACCUUUAACACUGAGUUUGGCCUGUAUUAGAUUUCUAUCAUCAGUCAUUUACACUGCAAAUCCUUUUCUCUUGUGCCUCUGAAAUUAUUUAUGUGGCAUCCAUAAUCCUUCUGACGGGGAGCUGUACGAAUGUGGUGUUAGUCUCUUAGUGACUUACACAUUCAUUUAUCCAAAGAUUCGCAACUAAAGAAAAGUACAAGUUGUGUCCUCUCAAGAAUGUAGGCUGUUAAUGUUUCGUCAUGGCUUGAAUAUAUAACUAUGAAGCAGGUCUGUUGUCCAAAACACACAUCUGACUUUCCACAGGGUUUUACUUUUACAACUCAUCUGUUAAUAUGCAACACCAAUCAGACGGAGCAACGACUUUUGUAUUUAGGCAUUUACUGACUUAAAUACUGUGUAUUUUAACCAUAAUCACAUUACGUCAGUAAAUGCAAUAUAUAUUUAGAAAGCAUCUUCACUGCCAAAUAUUCUGCUACUGACUGUGCCUGAGAUUUCAGCUCCUGUUACAAUGUUCCUAGGGCGAUUGUACAUUGAUGUCUUGGCUACCAUCCACAUGUUAAACUCACAAUCUGCCAUCUUUUGUCUCCCAAGCAAAUGGUCAUCAAUGAAAGGGUUACACACUGUCCAAAGCAGCUGACCAGAUCAUUACAUAUACUUGAAAGUGGAAUGUUUUUAUAUGUUUCUGCACAGGGUUGUCCAAAGAAUAUGCCUUAAGUGACGUUUCACACAGUCACUGCUCAAGUCACUAAUUUUUUCGGACCAAUGAGAAUGAAGAAACCAUUUAACUGUGAGGCGAAGGAAUGUUUGCCUGAAUGAAGCAAAGUGAAAUAAUUGGAUUUCGGACUACUGUACUGUUUAAAGCUUUGUUUACAUUAUUAAUAUAUUGUAUCAUCCCCUUAACCACUGAGGGUUACUGAUGUUUUUUUUUUAGUCUUGUGUAACUUUUGCCAGCAUAUUUUGGUCAUGAAUGUCUCUCUGCAUUUUAUGUUAUGUUGCAAAGGCAAGAAGAAUCUACCUAGAUGUGUCCUUAACCAUAUGUCUGUAUCCCUUCCUGUUCUUGUGUUGGAUUUUUAUUGAAAAUGAAAAUCAGGUCCACGAGGGAUUCUUAUUUAUUUGACAAGCCUUUUGGACUGAUAAUCAUAUUGAAGUGUAAUAUUUUAUUGCAUGCUAAGCUCGCUUAAACCGAGGGAGUGUGUCCUCUUCAAAACCAUCCAUGAAGGCUUUGCACAAGACCCAAACGAAUGAUUCUUAGAUCUACUGAAUGUCACUGGGGGAAGGAAAUGUGAACUUGCACUAUACAAGUUGCCAGCAGAAAAAAUAUAUAUAUUUCCCACUGUUAAAUUAACCCCAAAUGUAGUCCAAAUAUAAGACUGGUGAUCAAAACUUUAACUUAAACUCCAACUGUCUGUAGAAUGUGUCUUUCUUUUUAAUAAUUGAACACUUAAUAUGCAACUUGCUCUCACAAUCUUCACUGAAAUGUGUUAAACGAUAACCAGCCCAGUGGUAGCCUUGGUGUCUGGGUGAUCUACCUCAUGUUUACCAUUGUGGUUGCGGGCUGUGAACAUAUGACAUUAGAGCCAUGCUGUUGUUGUUGGAAAUUUAUGAAUGUAAUAAAAUGACUUCUAAAAUCA